AUAUGAGCGAUGGCAGCUUCUAGCUCUUUCCCUCCUCUCUCUCUCCCUCUCUUUCACUCACAUUGGAUCGCCAUGCCAAAGCUCGAGGAGGAGGAGGAUGCCGCCCCCAUCAGCUCGUUCACCAGGAGCAAGCGCAAGGCCGAGGGGAUCUAUUUGUCACCAGCUCGCAAGCGCGUCUCUGGAGGCAAAGCUCGCGAGGAUCGCGACACACUGUUUGUAGAUUUGGAGUGCCAGCCGCCACAAGAGGAGCGGCACUCCCUAAUGGAAACCAUCUUCUCUCCUGUUCUUCACCUGUUUAAAGGAAUCGGUGGAGAGUGCUUCUCGUCUUCGAGCAGCACCGCCACCACAGUGGUCAUUGAAGCCGCCAGGAGCAAUCACGACGACAAGGCUCGUGAACUCUUGCGUGAUUUCGAUCCUUACUUGUUCAUCAAGCAUCUGCCAGAUCCCUCCCUGGUUCUCUCGCCAUGCCGGAAGUUCUUACUCCCUCGUCGGACGAGACGCUGCCCUCCAGUUGCCUUAGUUCUUGACCUCGAUGAGACCCUCGUACACUCGACAACGGAUCACUGUGGAAACGCCGACUUUAGCUUCUCGUUGCAUGCCAACUUCCAACGCCAGACCGUCUACGUCCGUCGCAGGCCUCACCUCCAAAUGUUUAUGGAGAGAGUCGCCCAACUCUUUGAGAUCAUCGUUUUCACGGCGAGCCAGAGCACGUACGCGGAGAAGCUGCUCAACAUCCUCGACCCCAAGCGGAAGGUUUUCCGGCACAGGAUCUUCCGGGACUCGUGUGUUCUCGUCGACGGGAACUACCUCAAGGACUUGAGUGUUCUUGGCCGCGAUCUCUCCAAGACCGUCAUCGUAGACAACUCUCCACAGGCAUUCGGUUUCCAAGUAGACAAUGGCAUUCCGAUCGAGAGCUGGUUUGACGAUGAAGCCGACUGCGCGCUUGCAUCACUUUUGCCGUUUCUCGAGUCUCUGGCCAGCGCAGAGGACGUGCGUCCUAUAAUUGCAAGCGCGUACAAACUGCGCCAAAAGAUCCAAGCCGCCAGCGAUCCUCCAUGGCUGAGGCAUUGCGUGCACGAGAAUGAAAAGCAAGCAGUAAGUAAAAUCACACUGUAAUUGGUUUAGUUUUUAGAUCUUGUCCAGGUAUGUAUGCAAGGACAAUGGAUUUUAUCAUAGGACUCGACUUAUCUAUCAUUUUUGUGCAUUUAGCACUUCAAGUU